CCCUCAUACAGAGAAACUUAGCAGUUGGACUUCAACUCCCAGCAAACACAGCAAAAAAAUCAUAUGACUUCCUUUUUUACAAAGGUCAUUUAUUGUGUGCACCGAGCUGGCUGAGAACUUCUGGCCGUCACAUUUUCUGUUUGUGCAAGCCAGAAGCAUGGGGCGGCUGGAUGGGAAAGUCAUACUUCUGUCUGCUGCAGCACAAGGGAUUGGAAAAGCCACUGCUAUCGCUUUUGCAAAAGAAGGAGCCAAAGUCAUUGCUACAGAUAUCAAUAAGACUAAGCUGCAAGAACUGGAGAAGUAUCCAGGCAUUCAAAUACGGGUUCUGGAUGUCACCAAAAGGGAUCAAAUAGAAGAGCUGGCAAAGGAGAUUGAAAGGAUAGAUGUCCUCUGUAAUAUUGCAGGGUUUGUUCAUCAUGGGACCAUUCUGGAUUGUGAGGAACGAGACUGGAACUUUGCUAUGAACCUCAACGUUCGCAGCAUGUAUCUAAUGAUCAAGACAUUCCUUCCUAAGAUGAUUAAACAGAAAUCUGGAAAUAUUAUAAAUAUGUCUUCUGUGGCAUCCAGCAUUAAAGGAGUUGUGAACAGAUGCGUAUACAGUACCUCCAAGGCAGCAGUCAUUGGUCUAACAAAGUCUGUGGCUGCUGAUUUCAUUGAACAAGGGAUCAGAUGCAACUGUGUAUGUCCUGGAACUGUUGACACACCAUCUUUAAGGGAAAGAAUCAAAGCCCAGCCUAACCCGGACCAGGCACUGAAAGAUUUCCUAGCCAGACAGAGGAUUGGCAGGAUGGCUACUGCUGAAGAAGUGGCCCAUCUCUUUGUGUACUUGGCCUCUGAGGAAUCUGCCUACAUGACCGGCAAUGAAGUGGUCAUUGAUGGAGGAUGGAGCCUGUGAUCAACUCUACCUUCAGAUGGAAAUUCAUACAAUGAAAGGCCAAAAGUGAGGAUCAUGUUUCUCAGUUAAGAGUUUUCAAUCACCUAUAGGAUGUAACCUAGAACAAAUUUGGUACCUUUUUAUGGUUAUGUGAUCUUAUUCUAUACUCAGUCAUGUUUUAAGCAAAUCUAAAUGAAAGGAAUUAAACACCAUCAUUAUUCUCAGCCUAGAAAAUAUUUAGAAUUUAAACAUUCACAGUUCCUACCAGCAUUAACAGACCAUCCAGAGAAAACAGACUACUUUUAAAGCAGCCAAUAUCUUCUCAAAUUUAAUGUUUGUUUUAAAGAACAGAAGAAAGCAGAACUGGUAUAUAUGAAGGUUGAAAUGAUUUUGUUACUCAUGAUAGACAUUUACUUUAAGAUAACCCACUAGAUGUUGCAAAUUAUACCUGAAAAUCUAUCCUGCUUUCCAGACUUUCAUUUCUGCUCACUUCUAUCAUUAGCAAAAUGGUUUUUGAAAACAGUACUGACUGUAGAAAAAGUUUGUGUUGAACUGUUGAAAAGAAUCUGUCCUGAGACUGACAUCCAGAGCAGAAGCUGCAAACUUGUCAGAGACACUGUGGAUAUACAGAGUGUGUGCAGAAGAAAUUCCUGCACAUACAGUAAGGAGUCACUGUAUGUGCACAGCUGUUUUCCGCACCUACAAUAUCCAUUUUCCCAUAUACUGGACAAGUUGGACUGUUGGAAUUUUGAACAACAGUAAAUCAUAGCCCAAAAAGCAGCACAAUUGAUUUACUAGUGAAUGUACCAAUACAGGACAAAUAUUAUCAGUUCUACAGUUUAGGUUCUGUGCUUAGAUAUUCCAUGGGUUCACUCUCAGACACAAGUACAGUUCCUGCCAAAAACCACUUUUCUCUCAAAAUGACUGUUUGUAUAAGAGUUUGUAUUGAUAUUUUUAUCAUUUUAAUACACUGAAGCUUUGACUUAUGAAUCAGAAACGUGCCAUGGUAAAGAGUCAUACUGUGAAGAGGAGAAAAAAAAACUUGUGACCCCUAAGGCAAUGCAUAAUCUGAAUUACAGAACUAUUUGUUAUGCUAACACAGUGUUAAAAUGGACAUGAAUUACAUGGGCUGAAUUCGCAUAA